AGUGCGAGAUAAAAUGUCAGAAAAUAAUUGUUCCGCAUCCGUCGUUCGGCAGUUUUGAGGUGAUUUUCCACGAGAAAAACUGUCCGUGAUUGCGUGAAAAGUAUCUAAAAGGAUUGUUUUGAUGUUCACCCACAAAGUUCAUCAUGUGAAACGUGCAAAAAGUGUGCGAUUGUGUGGAAAUUGUGCAUAAAUCAAAACUUGUGUUUUCGAUCGAAUCAUCCAUACUCUUCCCACAUCCAGGAAUACUCAAUUUGUGUGGCAUUUAUUGGAGAGGUGAGACUCAGAGGAGUGUGAAAAGUGUAGGAGAUUAACAAUAGGGGCUCAAGAGGGAAGUCAUCGAAAGAGUGGAGAGAUUACAAUAAUGGCCUGAAAAUCGAGUGUUUUGUGUGUAUGAAAGAAAAAUUACACUAGUACUAUAUAAUAACGAGGAUAAUCACACAACGAAAAGGAAGAAUAAAAGAAGAUGUCGAGCACAAAUGGUGAGAAUAAUGUGAAGAUGCAGUCGCAUGAGAUUUAUGAGAAUCUGCCAUGUCAGUCAAUUGUGUCGGAUUCGGUGACAAAGAUCAAGAACAACGAGUCCAUUAUUAUUAGCAAUAGCAAUCAAAAUGUGGCUACGAAGCCCAAUCUGGCCAAAGAACUUAUCUAUGCAACACCACUGAGAAAGUCAGAUAGAUUCAAGAGUCGCGAUCGCAGUGGCAGUCACAGAGCUGUGAGACCCAGUCACUUGGAGGGAUUCAGUGAGAAUCCACAUUUUACGGAGAAGGUCAACAAUGCUGAAAGCAAUCGAUGUGAAUCAUUGCCAUCGAUUGAGGGCAGUAAUUUGAGUUCGAUACCUAAUCAAGAUCCAAUUCUCGAGCAAAGACGCAUUAGGAAUUUUCUCAAAGAUCCAGCAGUGUCUCAUAAGAAACUCGAACCAGUAUCUAAGGAUAAUCCCAAUUCAAAUUUUUCCCAUUUAGCACGUGAGGAGCACUUUGCCAAUCUCGUGCAACAGAACGUAAUUACAGAGGUGAGAACAGAGACUGAAGCAGCAAUGGAUCAUGUGGCUGAGCCAGAGAGUCCAUCAAAGAAGAGUGAGGCUACAGAGAAAUUGGAUUAUCUCACCAAUAUCAACAACAAGCCAUCUCCGGAGAAGGAGAAUGUGGUCAAAGUGAGUGAUUGUGAUGUGACCCGAACGGGUGAUCGUGUUUAUAUAAAUCGUGAAUGGGUACUGAAGAAAAUAGCCAUGUGUUUGGAACAGAGAAUUUUCAAGAAACCCAUUCCAACGCCCGGCGGUAGUAGUGGAAGUGAAGUAACUUCGUGUUUGCCUAUUGAAACACCCUCAGGUAGUUCAGCAUUUCCACCGCCCAAAGCUUCUUCUUCUUCUAGCCACCAUCAAGCAUCGAAUUUACCUCAAGUUGGAUGCCUAGUGUUGGGUUCCAAUGGAUCAGGAAAGACAUCUGUGUGCCGAAGUAUCCUCGAGGGAGUGUCUGGGACACGUGGAAUUCUCAAUAGGAAACUUCUCUGUUGCUACUUUAUCAAUUCACAGAAUCCCGAGUGCAAUAGCCUAAGUAUGUUUGUUAGGAGUUUGGUAUUGCAGAUACUAAGUCACUCCAGUUACUUGAGCACAAAGGAUGAGGCGGCAGGAGAGACCGGAACUGAGGACCUGAUAACGUUUGAGGGAAAAAAGAUGGACAAAGCGAAGAUUGAUGAACUCGAAGAGAUGUUGAUAUCAGAAUUGAAGUUGUCAGAACGUGUGGCUGAAUUUUGUGCAAAGAAAUCUCCCACGGGAAAGAAGACUGUGGUGAGACAACAAUCAGAACCAAUGGAAAAUCAUGGUACAGAUAAUUGUACGGGGUAUGAGACUCAUCCACCGGGACAAAAGGCUGAAAAGCAGAGGAAACCCCUUGUUGAAGGUGGAGAAGAGGAACAGGCAAAAAUGAAGAGUCCGGGAAAGAAAGUGUCCAAAAUUCCAGUUUUGAUCUCAAGUCGUGGGAGUCCCAAAGUGAGUAUGAGUCAGGAGGAGAAUGAGUCAGCAGGAGGAGCAAGUGGAGGGACUGAACAGGUGACUCAGCAGAAUUCUGUGACAGAAGAGCAGGAGGGAACAAGUGAAGCGGAUACAUUUAGUGCUCCAGAAGCUGAUGGAAGACCUCCGAUGCAGCCGAUGGACAAAGAGGAAAAGGUGGAAAAUGAAGAGGCUGAAGCAGAAGCUGCAAAAUCACCCAUUCCUGCUGAAUCUCCCAUUAAAUCCGAACACAUCCCACCACCUCUGCCAAAGUCCAAAAGUUGCAGGACUAUUGUUGCAGAUGGCUACUAUGAGAUGCUUAUUAGUAAUCCAGAAAUUUUUGAGAGUCUCAAUGUGGACAAUAUUGAAAAAAAUCCCGAUGAGUGCUUCAAAAAGGCAAUUCUGUUUCCAUUGCUGGAACUGACACCACCAAAGACAGCUCUACUCUUCCUAGUGGACAGUAUCGAUGAGAAUUACAUCAAUGAGGGUAGUUUGAUGUCCACCCUCAAAGGCAAUCGCAAUACCACCAAAAGUCGCAAUAUUGCCGAAUUACUCUCAAAUCAUGUCCAUCUCUUUCCCAAAUGGAUGUUUUUGGUGUGCACAGCCAAGAAACAGAGCAAACACAUCACAAAGAUGUUUACAGGUUUCAAAAAGAUCACACUGGAUGAUCUACGUAAAAGUCAUGUGGUAAAAGAUGUUCAAGAAUAUAUAAUAGUUCGCUUAAAUGCAGAUUUCAAGGGACUGAUUAACUUGACGAAGGAUAUCAUUGAUAGUCUCAAUCAAUUGUAUCUGAAAUCCAAUGGAUGUAUUCUCUAUCUCCAGAAGGUUCUCAAUGGGAUCAAGGAGAAUUUUUUCUCUUUCCGAGAAAUUAAACUGAUACCAUGUACACUGAAUGGCCUCUAUCUUUACAUCUGUCAGAAGUCCUUCAAUAAGAAGCAGUACAUGAAAAUUCGACCAAUCCUCAAUAUCCUUCUGGCAUGCAGUUCCUUUGUCGAUCAAAUGUUUGUCUUCAAUUGUCUAAGGACGCACAAUUAUACCAUUGAUAUGGAUGAAUUUCACAAGAGGCUUCAGCUCAUGAGGAAUAUUGUUGUUUUUGAGGGUGAUAAACUGAAAAUUUUCCACAAUUCCUUCUGCGAUUGGCUGGUGGAUGUCAAAUUUUCCACAAAAAAGUUCCUCUGUGACGUCAAUGAGGGACAUAUCAUGAUCUCAAUGUACUACACUCUCGUGAGUGAUAGUCUGUGCCCAAAUAAAGUCCGUCGCUUCAUCUACCAUCUGAUAAAAUCUGGAGAAUAUCUCACAAGUAAAAAUAUCAAUCUAGAUCUCAUUCUCAUUUUACUGGACUCGAGGACCAAUCUCAGUGAUUGUUUCUACACCAAUCUUCUCAAUUGUUGCAAAACCUGCGAAAAUGAAUGCAUGAAUGAUAUGAAUUUCCUGCCAAAAACCCAAGAGAUGCUAGAGAAAUUUCUCAAUUCGCAACUCAAUCCUGAUCUGUCCAACUUUCUCUGUGACUUCUUCAAACCAAAUCUACCGACUGACGCCAAGACGCUUAAAAUGCUCAUCGAAGCUGGGAUCAAUAAUGCUGAAUCUCAGCUCUCGUAUGAGUCAUCAAUCAAUUCACCUGUAUUGUCGGACAAAUCGCAGAAUAUUGACUCAGAACUGGCAGAAUUGCUCAUCUCGAGCGAAAGGAGUUGUCACCAUGAGGUGCAGAGAUCAACAAGUCAUGCUGGUGGAGCUGAUCAGUCACUUACACUGGACGAUGCGAGUACGAUGCAACAGAUGUCGGAUUCGCAUUGUCUGGAUCUGCACAAGGGAAAGGCACUGAUCCAUUUGUUGGCCAACGAAGGGAAUCACGUGUUACUGGAUAGAGCACUAAGAGCCUGCAAAGAUCCCAUUGAUCUCGAGAUUGAGGAUGUCAAUGGGCAGACAGCACUGAAUAUAGCCAGUCGCAAUGGGCAUUUGGAAGUUGUUCGGCUUUUGCUGAAUUUCACGCAGCCAUUGGCAGAUGGAACGGGUAGAGUGAGGGGUGUAGAUGUGAAUCAUGCAGAUCGAGAUGGAUGGACACCACUGAGAUCGGCAUCCUGGGGUGGACAUACUGAAGUUGUACGGCUACUCAUCUCACAUCCCGGAUGUGCCAUUGAUUGUGCCGAUAAAGAGGGCAGAACAGCUCUCAGGGCAGCCGCUUGGAGUGGCCAUGAAGAUAUUCUCAAGAUACUCAUAGAGGCAGGAGCAAAUGUGAAUUCAGUUGAUAAACAGGGAAGAACAUCUCUCAUUGCAGCCUCGUACAUGGGACAGUAUGACAUCGUGGAGAUUCUCCUGGAGAAUGGAGCUGAUGUCAAUCAUUUGGAUCUCGAUGGAAGAAGUGCACUAUGUGUUGCUGCUCUCUGUGGAAGUUCUGGAUACAAUCGAGUCAUUUCGACGCUCCUGGAACAUGGAGCUCAUACUGAUCAAUUGGAUAAUGACGGAAUGUCUGCUCUGUUGGUGAGUUCUUUUGAAGGGAAUGCGGAAAUUUGUGAGUUAUUACUGGAAAAUGGAGCUGAUCCGGAUUUAGCGGACUACAUGGGUCGAACACCAUUGUGGGCAGCAUGUACAGCUGGACAUGCUUCAGUUGUACGUCUCUUGCUUUUCUGGGGAUGCAGCAUCGACUGCAUGGAUUCUGAGGGGCGUACAGUUCUGAGUAUAGCAUCUGCUCAGGGAAAUCUUGAGUCUGUGCGUCAGUUGCUAGAUCGAGGCCUCGAUGAGACUCACAGGGACAAUGCCGGCUGGACACCACUUCAUUAUGGAGCUUUUGAGGGCUAUGCAGAUAUUUGUGUUCAGUUGCUGGAGUCUGGAGCGAAGAUCGACGAGUGUGAUAAUGAAGGGAAAACAGCACUUCAUCUGGCUGCACAAGAAGGUCACAAUAGUGUCGUGGAGGCUCUUUUGGACAUCCAUGCAGCUUGUGUAGAUCAGAGGGCUCACGAUGGGAAGACCGCCUUCAGGCUGGCAUGUCUUGAAGGGCACUUUGACUGUACCCAGACACUUCUGAAAUACGGAGCUGAUGUCAAUUCCAGGGAUGCAGACUCCCGGACAACUCUCUACAUUCUGGCACUGGAAAAUAAAGUGAAGGUGGUGAAAUUUCUACUGGAGUGUGCCAAUUUGGAUGUUAAUUGUGCUGACAGUGAAGGUCGAACUGCUCUCCAUGUAGCUGCUUGGCAAGGACAUGCUGAGAUGGUGAGACUUUUGAUUGCAGCAGGAGGGGCUGAUGUCAAUGCUAUGGACUUGGAAUGUCGGACACCUCUGCAUUCCUGUGCCUGGCAGGGAAAUCAUGAAGUGAUGGAUAUUUUGCUGUGUUAUGGGGCUGUACCGGAUCAUGCGUGCAAACAGGGAGCCACAGCUUUGGGAAUAAGUGCUCAGGAAGGUCAUGAACAAUGUGUGGCAAUUCUGCUGCAAUUUGGAGCAAAUCCCUAUAAGUCUGAUCACUGUGGCAGAACACCCAUUAAAUUGGCAGCAAAAUCCAAUAGGAACAAUGUUCUAAGGAUAUUGGAGACUUUUGCUAAGACCAAUAGCGAAGCACCACCGAUAAUUAAAUCGCCGGAUCGACAUGACAAACCCCCAAUUGGUGGCAAUCCAUCGCCCAAUUCAUCCAAUUUACUUAUGCCAAAUGUGGCUAGUGCUACGGGAUCGACUCAAAGUAGCAACUUCUACGAGAAUACCAUGCACUCUGAUCACAGCAGUCUUCAGAAACGUAAGAGUGUUAUCUCUAGUCACUCAACUGGAAGCAGCAAUGAGGUUCCAAUCUCAUUCACUCAGCAACUGCAGAAGCACUCAAGACAUCACGGAUCGAGGAGUACUCAAUCGAGUCAGGGUGGAGCUAUUGUUGUCACCAAUAAUAGUAAAUUUAGCAAGAACGCCAUGAAACACGCUCAAGUUCUACCCAAUGUUCAGGAAUACAAUCAGACAAAUAUUGUGAAUGAAGCUGAUUUAUUCGAUUUGGGAUGCAUGUCCCCACUCUAUGCUACUCCUCCCCAUUCACCCAGCAGCGACAUCAGUUCUCCAGGACAACACUUACCAGCACAUCAUUUCGAAGAAAUUGGCGGUGGUACUGGAGGAGCUACUAAUCAGGCACUUAACUCCACAGAUCAACAUUUUGCCAGAGAUACGCACAUGAGGAUUAUUUUGGGCAAUAACAAGGAUUCCAAUUCUGGAGCGAAAUCCUCAAAGAGAAGUGGAAUAGCAACAAAUCCAGCUGUUCGAAUGAUUCGUAGUCGUUUUGAUUCAGCAGCUAAUCUCAUCAGGCGCACAAAUAACAUCCUCUCGUCCAGCAGCAAUCAAGGAUCAUCCAGUAUUGGUGUGAAAUCCGGUACAUUUCAGUGGCGCAAAGAGAGUCAAAUGUAAUGAGGUAAACAAAAAAAAACUUCCUGGCCAAGGCGAGUAGAAAAAAAAAGACAAGGAUAAUGCAAAAACCCCUCGCAAAGAGGCCUAACUUUCAACCACCCGAUAAGAUUUAAUUUUAUUUUUAUUAUUUUUUUUAGAGGUGUGUUUGAAUUUAUUGCAAAAAAAAAGUAUUCUUCUCUCUCGGGUUCGAGGGGAGUUGUGAGAUUAAGCACAUAAGACAGGAGAAUUUAGUAAAAGAAAAAAAAAGAGCAAUUUAUACAAAGGCUAAAAAAGAUAUUUUCAUGUUUAUUUUCUUUUCCUCCUUGCAUGAAAAUUAUUUUUUAAGAUGACUAAUGAAAAUAUUAGAGGGAAAAGAAAUACACGUAACUGAUUAGGAAUAAAAUAUGACGUAUAAAUAGUAGGUUUAGAGUGAGAAAUAGUACACAAGAUGAAUUUUAUUUAUACCCUUAUUUAUUAUUAUUUUGUACGACUUCAUUUUUUUUAUCAUAUUAUGCUUAAAUUCUAGUCGUGAUGGAGAGUGUUUCAGCUUAAUGAUACAUUUUCUUAUUUUAUUUUAAUUGAACAUAUUGAGGAGUUUCUUUUUUUCUUUUCAAGUGUAAUAAAAGAAACUUUAAUUAUAUCUCUGAGAUACUUUUUUUUUAAAUUAAUCAGUAACCUCAAUCUCUGCUUCCUUGACAAAGUUUUCUCUUUAAAUCCUAAGCAAUUACGUAAAGUAACUUUUAAAAAAAUAUAUAGAGAUUUAUUUCAAAGGCAAUAGAGAUACUUUGCAAGAUAUUUCUUCAGUAACAGAGAAUAUUAAGACAAAAAAAAAUAAUGAUUACAACACUUCACAUCUAUAUUUCAAAUGAAAAAAAAACCUAAACAAAACUUCUUACUUAAAGGUCUAUAAAGGA